AGUGCCCUGCGCUCCGCGCCCCCUUCUCUUUCAGCCUCGGGCGCGGGGAGGCUAGGCAGACCUGCUGAUUGGGAACCGAGAUGGCGGCGACUCUGGGCAGCGGGGAACGCUGGACGGAAGCUUACAUUGAUGCAGUUAGAAGAAACAAAUACCCAGAAGACACACCACCUGAGAGUCACGACCCCUGUGGCUGUUGUAACUGCAUGAAGGCACAAAAGGAAAAGAAGUCUGAGAAUGAAUGGAAUCAGACCCGGCAGGGUGAGGGGAACUCCACUUAUAGUGAGGAACAGCUGCUUGGAGUGCAAAGGAUCAAGAAAUGCAGAAAUUACUAUGAAAUUCUGGGAGUUUCUCGAGAUGCCAGUGAUGAAGAGCUUAAGAAAGCUUACAGAAAACUCGCCCUGAAAUUUCACCCUGACAAGAACUGUGCUCCUGGAGCAACAGAUGCUUUCAAAGCAAUAGGAAAUGCAUUUGCAGUCCUGAGCAAUCCUGAUAAGAGACUUCGCUAUGAUGAAUAUGGAGAUGAACAGGUGACUUUCACUGCCCCUCGAGCCAGACCUUAUAAUUAUUACAGGGACUUUGAAGCUGACAUCACUCCAGAAGAGCUAUUCAAUGUCUUCUUUGGAGGACAUUUUCCUACAGGAAAUAUUCAUAUGUUUUCAAAUGUGACAGAUGACACUCACUAUUACCGCCGACGGCACCGACAUGAGAGGACACAGACUCAGAAGGAGGAGGAAGAAGAGAAACCUCAGACUACAUAUUCUGCAUUUAUUCAGCUACUUCCAGUUCUUGUGAUUGUGAUUAUAUCUGUCAUUACUCAGCUGCUGGCCACUAAUCCCCCAUAUAGUCUAUUCUAUAAAUCGACCUUGGGCUACACCAUUUCUAGAGAAACUCAGAACCUGCAGGUGCCUUACUUUGUAGAUAAAAACUUUGACAAGGCCUACAGAGGAGCUUCUCUGAAUGACCUGGAGAAGACAAUAGAAAAGGAUUACAUUGAUUAUAUCCAGACGAGUUGUUGGAAGGAGAAACAACAAAAGUCAGAGUUGACAAAUUUGGCAGGAUUAUACAGAGAUGAACGAUUGAAACAGAAAGCAGAGUCGCUGAAACUUGAAAACUGUGAGAAACUUUCCAAACUUAUUGGCCUACGCAGAGGUGGCUGAGAGGAUAACGGCCCUACGCAGGGCUGGGGUUUUGCUACUUGUUCCUAUUUAUGUUCCUGAUUCCAUUUUAUAAUACAAAAUUAGGAAAUGAUGAACACUUUACUAUUUGCUAACUUCGUUGAUUGGGCAGAGUGGCAGGAGCAUGGGCACGAGAGCCAGACAUGUCUUCACAGAAUCCUUCCUGGGGAGUGGCUCCAGGGGCCAGGAGCAGUUCCUCUAAGCUAAGUGAAUGGCAAAGCACUGGAUUCCGUCUCCCUGCUCCACGCCCAUGCUGCCUCUGUGAACGUAGUUCAGGGCAUCCCAGAGCAGAUCCGUGUUUUCUUCCUUCUUCAGUGAAGUCUGAAGACCCAAGCAUUCCUAAGCUUAGCCAAAGCUUAAUAUUAGUUAUUUACACUGUCUACCAAGAAUUAUACCGAGACCUUCAUUAGAGUCAUUAUCUUCUGCCAAGAUUUAGCCUUUGGAACAUGUUCCUGCCCAGCUUUCUAUUUUCUAAGGGGAUAUGGAGAAAUUUAAACAAUCGUAGUCAAUAGUUUUCUAAUAUUCCAAUCUCUGCUCAGUUAGUAGCAUUAGCAAACUGCCUGAUUUGAGGUUCCUUUAUUUCCUUAACCCUCUCUCUUUUAGAGGGUCCAGAAAUUAAAACUACUAAGCAGCAUCAGGAGGCAACGUUGGGGUGAAGGUAUAAUGCAAGACUGAGCCUCAGCUCCUCUAUGCAGCCUCCCUAGUCCAUCACAGAACCCAGAGAAUGUCCCUUCAGUCAUUUCCCCUCAGUACCAGCAUUGGGCUGAGUUCCUACAUGCCACAGAGGCAGAUGGGCAGACCCAGGAGGAGGCAUUGCCAGCUCUCCAGGCUGUUUGCUCAAGCCUGGAGAUAAAGGGGACAGACCCUCUCUUCCUGGAUAUGGGGGUCUAGCGUUGGCCCCAGCAGCCACUUUGUUUAACCCAUUGUUCUAUAGUUUGUGAUUUGAGAUGCUUUUCAUACAUUCAACAUUUAAUGAGUGCCCACUAUAAAGCAGGGGCUCUCACACAUAUUUUCUUACUUAAACUUCCUCACAACUCUGAAGUAGAUGUAUUAUCCCCGGUUCUAUGAAUGAGAACAUUGGCCCAGAGAGGAUGAACGGUUGACCUGGGUCAUACAGCUGGUAGUGGCAGAGCUAGACGAUAGGCUGAGUGUCAAGUAGAAAGUGGGAGAGAGCAUCCUCAUGUCUCAGGUGAUUCUAGCCAGACUGGCAAAGCAGAACCUUUCCUGAGGAUGCCUCUGUGUACCCUACCCCUGUGACCCCACAUUCUUUCCGUGGCAAUCCUGCAUCCAUUCAGGACAACAUCCUUGCUGCUCUUUAGGAAGUAGGACCCUGUCUAACAUAAAUUCUAUACACAAAAUAAGAGGUUCCUCAUGGGCAGGCAGCCUUCCCACUGGUGACAAGGAAGAAUUCAGUCACUGCCUGGGCUGUGUGGUUCUGGGCCUUCCUGUGGAGCUGAGCUGCCUGGAUUAUCAUGACUCUGAACCUGGAAGGAUCAUUAGGUGACUGUAGCCUACACUCCAUGCUUCCUUCAGAUUGGAGGAAAAGUUUCUACUAGAGAGUCGGCCGGGUACAGUUGCUCAUGCCUGUAAUCCCAGCACUUUGGGAGGCUGAGGCAGGUGGAUCGCCUGAGGUCAGGAGUUCAAGACCAGCCUGGCCAACAUGGUAAAACCCCAUCUCUACUGAUAAUACAAAAAUUAGCCAGGCAUGGUAGUGCAUACCUGUAGUCCCAGCUACUUGGGAGGCUAAGGCACAAGAAUUGCUGCAACCUGCAAGGCAGAGGUUGCAGUGAGCUGAGAUCACACCGCUGCACUCCAGCCUGGGCGACAGAGUGAGACUCCAUCUCAAAACAACAAAAAAAUAGUCUACAUUAAAACAGAUCUCCAAAGUAAAGUUUCUUCAUCCCAAUGCAUGGCCAUGAUUUACACAGACAUGCCUAGCAUGGCCAUCAACAGCGGAACAGCUAUUCCCUACCUUGCCUCUGUAUGCAUUCCAGAGUCAGGAGAUGGGUUCACAGGAAAAGAUCGAGGGCUUUAGUGGCUUGCAGGGGACAACUGCUAAGUUGUAGGGAGAGGGAGCAUUUCUAGAAAUAGCCAGAUUUUGCUGCCCUAGUAGGUCUGUCCUCCUGGUUUGUGGGGCCCUUCUUGAUCCCCUCUGAGUGAUUAAAUGUGUAAAAUGUGCCCAUGAGCCAAACAGGCUUAUGGAAAGUUCACCUAUAUACACAAAAAUCAAAACUGUCCUCUCCCCAUCCCCAACCUCUGCUAGAAAAUUGGCCAUAAUUAAACUAACUUGACAGGUUAAAAGACCCUGUUCUAGUGCCCAGGAAUCAAGUAGUCACAUAUUUUAUGGAUUUCAUGGCAGUGAUGAGUAAUCUGUGAUGAUACUAAAUAGAGACAAUAGUAACUAACUCCAUUAAAUGACACACUGGUUGUCUGUUUUUAUAGCACUGAUGGUACUGUUUUAUUUAUUACCAAUAGACCACACAUUCACAUCUGUUUUUCCUCAAGGGAACUGUAUUUGCUUUUGGUUGAAGGAUAGUUUAAUCUAUUUGAUACUAUCCUGAAUAUUGUUAAACUAUAAUUUCCUGGGUUAUAUUUUAUAUGGGUUGUCUGCAUGGUGGUGAAAUCAGCUUUUUCCUCUUGCCUACAUCCUUUGGAAGAUCUCCUGAUCAUACAUAAACUCUAGAUAGGGCUUAUUCUUGCUGUCAGAGCUUGGCACCCAGCUCUAGACUGUUUCUUUGAGCAUUACUGCAGAUUGGAGACGUGUAUAAUGGGAGCAGGGCUCAGAAACAGGGCCUGAGGCUCAGGCAGAAACUGAAGCUCUCAUUCAAAUGAAGGUGCUCUCUCUACCACAUGAUCAGCAGUGAGAAAAGGAGGAUGAAAAUCCUUCUCAUCACAAAGAGCUUGAAGGAAUCCAUGUCCCCAAAUUAGCAACCCUAGAGCUCAUCUGCACAAGCCAGAAAAUGUGUAAGCUUCCUUGAUCAGCUCCAGGCCUCACAUACCAAGAGUAGUGACCAAUAAGGAAACGCCACUUCUCUGCUUUCUGUUGGAAACUAUUAGAAAAUACAGUGAACUGGCCAGGUGCAGUGGCUCAUGCCUGUAAUCCCAGUACUUUGGGAGGCCAAGGAGGGCAUAUCAUUUGAGGUCAGGAGUUUGAGACCAGCCUGGCAAACAUGGUGAAACCCCAUCUCUACUAAAAAUACAAAAAUUAGCCAGGCAUUGUAGCAGGCACCUGUAAUCUCAGCUACUUGGAAGGCUGAGGCUGGAGAAUCACUUGAGCCUGGGAGGUGAAGGUUGCACUGAGCAGAGAUCGCGCCACUGCACUCCAGCCUGGGCAACAGACAGAGACUCUGCCUCAAAAAAAGAAAAAGAAAAAAAUACAGUGAACUCUAGAUGCCACUGGAACAUGGGGUCCAGCAGCCUGGCCAAGCUAUGCGUCAUUCUUUUUCCUCCUCAUACUCAGGCUGGGCUUUGUGAGGAGGCAUUGUGUGAUUCCAGUGGCUUCUGUUCCAACUGGCCACACCACACAUGCAAGCUCAUUGUCUGCAUGCACUGCUCCUCACAGGAGCUUGCACUUCAUUCGUACUUAUUCUGGCCUCAUUUCAGGUGUAAGUUUAAUGUCCUAAUAUAUUUAUUUUUGGAAAGGCCCAAGUUACAAAACAUCUUUUUUUUCUUGAGGCUGCACUGUUGAUAUGUGAUACACCAAUUAAGUAUAUACCCAUGUGUUAGAUACUGAGUACAUCAUUUACAUCAUGCUCAGUAUUUGGAAUUAAAGAUGUGGAUGUUCUGUGACCAGAGUAGGGAUGACACAAAUCGAAUCAGCUCCUGGUGGACUAAGAAUCUUGAAAAAAUCUGGUCACCUGAUCCACUACAUAUGGAUUGAGUAUAUUUUAACAAAGAAAAACAUUAAACAAUUUUAUAUAAAAAGAA